CCGCGGUUAACCUCAAGCAUGAGAGAAGCCUGGGUCACCACUAGAUCAACCAGAGGAUAUAUCUAUAGAAGCUAGUGGGGUCCCGGCCGGCGCGGCAGUGAUGUGUUUUAGCACAGAUGGUUUUAGGUAAACUGGUGAGAGAUGCAAGGUUUUUAUGAUUUAUCUCCUCGCGACUACCCUGAAGGGCUCUCCAAACACUUCCCCUACCAAUCACGUCCUCCACUGAACAUUGUCCAGAGGCUACAGAGACGUCAGACAGACAUCUGCUCUCCAUCUCAAUCUUAUCGUCUAAAGCGAUCGUUUUAUCAAUGUAUAGUGCCGAACUACACUGAGUCGGGACUGCUAACACCAUCUGGAUACCUACGAAAAUUUUCUCCGAAUGGUCAUUUUUUGAUUGGUUUCUCAUGGGAUCAACGGAGUUUGGUUGUGUACGAAUUUCUUGGGGCUGGUGCUGGUUUGAAGGCGUAUGUGGAUGGCAUGGAAACGACUCGUUUGAGACGAAAACUGUUUGGUCAAUUUUUUCGAUGUCGGCAUUCUGUUCAUGUACCAAGUGAUCUGAAUCGGGAAUGUAGUUUGUUCACGGUCGAUUCACAGUAUGUAAUUGUCGGAUCUUCCACCCCUUUGGGCGACGCCCCCUUUCCACAUAUGUACGAAAUACUUCGAACAAACGAAGGUAUUGCACCAACUGCUCGAUCUCCUGUUGAAGACUAUGCUUUGUAUAUGAUUGACUUGCAAAUUGGAGUGAUUUCUGAUAGCAUCAUGUAUCGAUUUGAUAAGAUCUGUCUUGCUCACAAUCAAGGUCUGUCUCUAUGCGGUUCAACACUUGCUGUCUUAUCUGUUCAGCACCAAACUAUACAUUUGUACCGAGUAGAUCACGGAACAUUCAGCCAUAUUCAAGAUAUUGGGGAAUUUUGUUACCCAGACGAUUCGUUAAUUUACAGCGAGGUCGAUUUUACCUGUUCAGAUAGUGAAGACGAAGAUGCUGACUCUCUUGCACAACAGCCGUAUCACAACAGGUGGUUUAAUUCCCUCAAGCAUCGAUUAAUAUGCUGGAUUUUGAAAAAAGCACAGAAGGAAUGUACACCAACAAAUAAAGAACCACUUCUCGAUUACUUCAAGAAAUUCGAUCAAUUUGUCUCGCUUAGAUUAUGGAAAAUGCAAUUAUUGAGUGAAAAUGAUUUGUUAUUGAAAUACGCCGAUGAAGACAUAGUAAGUAUGAAACAAACAGACCCAACAUCGCAGCCGGCAAUAUUUGCAUUCUAUAGCAUACAGACCACAGAAAUUCUCGCCGUCCAUGAUAACACUUCAGAAGAUUUGCUUCGCUUCUACGAAAAUUAUUCUGAUGAUUUUCGAAGCCCUGUUUCUCACCCUCUAUCGAGAGAUGUCAGCUCGGUAGCCAACAACCCGUACGCUAGGGCUUUGCACCAGAAGUUCAAGCAAACGAUCACAAGUGCAAAGUUUGGAGGUCAUAAAGAAGCCACUCGCAGGCUGUUGGGCCAGUUGCCGGUGUCGUCACAGUGUUUGUCUAGUAGCCCGUACCUCGAUCUAUCAUUGUUCAGUUAUGAUGACAAGUGGGUGUCUGCUAUUGAGCGACCAAAACCUUGUGGAGAUAUUCCUGUCAAGUUCUUCUGUCGUGAUGGAGGUUACUCAAGCUUCCAGCUGGAUACUGCUCUCCGUGGCAACACCCAGCCCCUUUCUCGUCGCCUUAUAGCUUACAUCUUUCAUCCCUCAGAACCUUUUAUUAUAUCAAUUCAGAAGGCCAGCGGGCGAGGAAUGGAUUACGUUGUGUCCUUUCACUUUCGAAACACUAUUCCAACUGGAGAACAUGUAGCUCCUACUAGUGGACUAUUGAAAAGCACUAACCCAUGGCUGUCUUUUAUGUUACAUAGAGAAACCUAACUUCGUGCAAUGUCCCAUAUUUGUAUAAUCGCAUAUUUGUAUAUAUAUUUAUAAUUAUGAUGUUGAAUGA